UAUAUAGUAAUUGGGUGGAGCAAUGUGUUGUUAAAUAUUUACCUAAGCUUCAUCAUACCUGAGGUGGAGCAGGAUGAGGUCCGGAUCUUGAGGCUUCUUGUUUCCUUUUAGCUUGAAAAUCUUUAAUGGAGAGAUUAAUGACAACGCUGUGUGGACCAUGGAUUUCUCUACCCUGUACAAAUACGUCUGUCAUCUGCUUUGCCUCAGUAUGCAGAUUGUUUGGGGUCUAGAUGAGGUGACACUCCUGAAUCCCCCAGAGGAGGCUCUGCCAGCCCACCGUUUGGAAAUACUUUACUCUUGUGAUGAACAUGCUACAAUACAGCUGGACUGUAUUGUAUAUUUUGACACUGGCGUCACUUCCACACUCCUGCUACGACAGUGGAGCUGCGCCCCCGGUGACACUCAAAUAAGGACUGUAGAGCUGAACCUGCCGGACUGGUUGGUGUAUCAAGCCGAUGGGAUUGUUCCAGAUUCUCAGUGGGUCCUGAGUUGUAUCCUUCGAGCCUCGGUCCGAUACAGCAGAUUUGAUGACACUGAAGGGUCUGUCGCAGCUCAGGAUGUGGCAAAUUUGCAGCCUAGGCCCUUCUUCAGUCGACCUGUCAAAAAGCACCAACUCUGCAUUGCCUGGAGUACACAAAUGUUGCAUUUAACCCAACAGUUUUUAAAGAAACAAUGUCCUUUGGAGCAAGAAACGGUGCAUUUGCUGUCUUCAAUUUAUGCUUCAACUGGAGAAAACUUUGGUAUCACAAAGACACUAGACCCUUACAGCAACAAGGUUCUGGAAUAUUUCCGUGUUAAGGCCAUCGCCUUUCCGUGGUGUUUGUUCUCCAUCUGGAUAUUUGUGACCAGACACUGCCAGGAAAGCAUGUGUGGAGUGUUGCAUCAUAUAGACUCUCAUGAUAACUACAUCUCACCAGCAGUGUUCCUCAAAAAUUCAGGCCAACUGCACAUCCAGAUGAAUGGAGAGUCUGAGGAAUCCUCUGCAUUUCUCACUCAGUUCAAGGUGCCCUUAAGUGAGUGGUGCCAACUCAGCGUGAUGCUACAGGGCAGAGCAGUAACUGCCUCCAUGGUGUGCAUAGAUAAGGAGCAGAGAAUGGUUCAAUCUGCAGAACAUAUAUUGAGACAUACAGUCACACUGGAUGAUACAGAGGGAUAUUUUGUGAUUGGAGGAGGAAAAUAUACAAGAGGUGUGGAAGGGUAUUUUGGGCCGGUGGUUUACUAUCGCAACAGAAUACCACCUCACAGCAUGUCUGAGACUGUUAUUCCAGAUGUUAUUAAGGAUGUGAACCUCACUGGAUGGCUGCAGACUUGUGAAGAAUUCCGUCUCGAGUUGAAUGUGAAAAUCACUGGCUAUUCUCUCAAGGCCAAACAGAGCACAGAGUCUGAGACCUGUUUUGAUGCUUUCCAUCAGUGGAUGAUAAAAGACAGACUACCAUCAGAUUCACAGUGUGAGCAGUGGGAGGCAACUGUCCCUCACAGAAGACAAGCUGCAAAACUGUCCAAGUUAUUUGCUUCCAAACAUGGAGGAAAAAGGGUUAGCCUGUCAGCUGUGGGCAGAGCACUGUACUCCUUAUCACUUCAUAAACUGGGCAGAGCGAGCAGCAGCAGAGUGGUCAGCGGAAUAUUACCACUGCUGCUCCAAGCUGGCUGCUUAGCCGAUAACAGGGCUCUGCGCAUGUCGUCGGUGCUCUACAGCGCUGGCCUUGGAGUCAAAAAACAGCCCAAUAAGGCUUGGCUACUUGCCCUACUGGCAGCCAGGAAGGAUGAUCGAUUAGCACUUCUGCAACUUGGGCACUUGCACCACCGGGGGCUUCACGGUCUUCCCACAGACCCAGACCUGGCCUAUGCAUAUUAUGCAAACAUUGCUACACAGACAACUUUAGACCGUCAUAAUCCCACACCAGAGCAGACAUUUGUUGAGGCUGUUUAUCUGAACAACGAUGAGGUGUUGAAUCUGCAGACCAAUGAAAACCAUCAUAUCUUCCAGUGGCUGAAACUGCAGGCACGCAGGGGAGCAGCUGAGGCUGAGCAAGCACUUGCCCGCAUGCUGUUCUGGGGUCAGCAGGGAGUGACUCCGGAUAUCCAGAAGGCUGUGAGACACUAUGAAAGGGGAGCAGUCCAAUGGGAGGACCCAGUUUCAAUGUAUGACUAUGGCAUAGUCCUAUUGCAGGGACAAGGUGUUGAAAAGGACGUUCCCAAAGCUCUCACAUUCCUCAAGAAAGCAAUGGACAAGGGUUUUGUUCCCGCAAUCAAUGCCCUGGCCUGGUACUAUGAGCAGUUUGAACAGGACUACGAGCAGGCAGUGCAGCUAUGGGAACAAGCCGAUCUCCUCGAGAGUCCAGAUGCUGCCAUGAAUCUUGGUGUUAUUUACUCACAGGGUCUGUAUCCAGGAAAAGCUGCUGAUCAGUAUAUGGCCUAUAAGUACUAUCUGAGGGCAGCAGAAAGAGGGCACAUCAGGGGAGCACUUCACCUCGCAGACAUCUGGACCACUGGAUUACCUGGCUAUGUCAACAGACGUCCAUCAGAUGCCGUUUUGUGGGUAAAAUGGGCAGCUGAGCACAAUGGAUACCUGGGCAGCAUCUUAAGGAAAGCCUUGGAUUCAUAUCUCAAGAAUGACAUGUUCAGCUCACUGUUAUAUUACACGAUAGCUGCUGAGUUGGGGUACGCAGCUGCACAAUUCAAUGUGGCAUAUCUCUGCGAACAAAAUACGGGAAGUUUUUUGGAUUCUGCUUUUGCAUUGCAUUGUAUGUGGCGAUAUUACAACCUCACAACACAAAGUCAAGAUCCUGACACUUACGCCUUGAUCAGGAUGGGUGACCUGCUGUAUGAGGGGCAGGUCGACGGGCAGAAGGACUUAUUUUCGGCAGCAGAGAUGUACAAACUGGCAGCACUAAGAAACGAGCCACAGGGAUGGUACAACCUUGGCCUUCUUGCUGAAGAGGGUUACAGGCUGCCGCUUUCACUACUGUGUGACCUGGGCCUUUCAGAAAUGUACCUGGCAGACAACAGAUUGCUUCUAAGUGCUUUAUACAAAAGAUGCAGAGACUCAGAGGACACAGAUUCCUACUUGCCUUGCAGCCUUGCCCUUUUCAACGUGUACCUUCAAGUCUUCCAAAAGGACUACAGCGCUGCUAUUAAGUUCUCUGCUGCCGUUGCCGUGAUUGCAGCUCCAACGAUACUCCUCAUCAUCCUUGGUGUGUUCAGGAGGCAUGUCCUGUCUCUCAGCUAGAGCCAAGAUUCUUAUUAGGAUUGGCAGCAGCAAACCUAAGGACCUAAAGUCAACCACCACACCAACAGUGCAGCAAUAUUUUUUGUCUGUUUAUUAGGGGACCACUGUAAAGAUUAACUGUGACUGCCAUCAUAAAAAUGAAUUUUGCUUGUUUUAUACUUGCCAGAAAUGUUUUUAGUUUUAAGUUUUGUAAUGUCAAAAAAUGCAUUGACCUUAAAUGAACUUGAAUGAAAAAUAAAAAACCUUAACAAGUGCCAUGAAACU